UUUAUUCGCAUAUAUCGUUGAGGUCAAAUUUGUUUUGUAAGGAGAACAAAAAGGGAUUAAGUUGUAUUUAGUCGUAUACAAGGGAUAUUUACCUUCGGGUUAUAAAUAUGCCUCAGACUAAAACAGGGAAAGAAGUUGUGACAGGAAGAAAGACUUCAAAAUUUCAGUGGCCUCGAUUUAGAAUGCCACAUAAAUAUGUAGUGUAUGACAAGCUCCACCGUUCCACUGUAUUUGUCCUGAUUUCUGGAGUAGUAAUAUGUACUAUAAGGAUGGCUAUUGAUGCUGUACAUCAUUUUACAGUGAGAAAACCAAUAAUAUAUGAAAUAGCAAGAAUAGACAAAGAGGCAGAAAUGGAAAGGAUGCAAGCAGAAAGGGAGAAGUCAUUAAAUCUUCAACAAAAACUACAGGAAGAGGCUGAUAAAGUUUGAUAUAAGACAUGUGUGUAAUAGACAAGUGUAGAUACAGUUCCAGGAAAAUGGGUGCAUAUGGAAAUCAUGUUUUCAUCAAUACUGUGAUAAAGACACAUUAAAAUGUGAUCCCCAAAGAAAAGUGUCCUCAAAGGAAAAUUGUUUCUGGGAUACAACAGGGGACUUGAUGUUGCACCUGACCAAUUACCAGUGACCAUAGAUAAAUAGAAAUGAAAUAACUAUUACUUAAAACAAAAGAGCUUUUAAGGUAUAAAAUAAAAGUGAUAUUUUAUGCCUUUCAGUUUCAACUGUUUCGUUGUUGUUUUUUAUCACAGUAAACAUUUUUGUGAACCGUUUUAAAAAGUAGGAAAGCCUUACUUCCAUUCGACAAAUGAAGAAGGAAAAAACUUACCAUUUGACACAUUAUUUACUCAGCAGUGAAAGGUUGAACAGGUUUUCAUAAUUCGUUUGAUACACAGUUUUCAGUUGAGAACACCAAGUAAGGAAAUGAUUAGCUGGAUAUGAAUUAUAUCUUAUACCUUGAGAACUGGUUUAUGUACUGGUAUAAGGAGUACAAGGAGUGUCUGAUCAUUAUCAUCAAAGACUGUAAAACAUAUAAAUUUUGUUAGUAAAAAAUUCUGUGUUUUUGCCAAAACAGCUUUUUCUUGGGGACAUCAAUCAGGUUCAUAAAAUUUUUAAAAAUAAAAUAAAAAGUUCAGUUUUAAUUUCAAUUUUUAUCAGAAGUGCAUUUUCUAAGGUGUGCAUUUCUACUAUGGCCUCAAUAAUAUACAUAUACUAAAGCUUUUGGAAAAAAAUCAGAAUACUGUCAAAUCAUUGAUAUUCAUGGGGGGACUAAUUUUUGUGGUUGAAUCAGCGCCAACAAACAAGUUAACUUCCCAUUUGAUUCAUGUUCUAAAAUUAAAACCCACAAAUUCAUAUAUUCGCAAAACAACCAUUCUGGCUAAAACCACAACAUUUCUUGCCUGCACUUAUUAAAUGAUUUUACAGUACGUUGUCAUGUUUUUGUCGAGUGUUUUCAUCUGUAUUGUAUCUAAAAAUGUUUUUUUGAUAAAUUUAUUUUAAGUCCUCUAAUGCUGAAAUAUUUAUACUGAAAUUCUGGAAGAGUAUGUUAUUCAUUAAAAAGAUAAUACCAAGAACACAUUAAAAUGUUUGUUACCGCAA